AUGGCGCCUCAUUCCUCCCAAUCCUCCGCACCUUCUCCGUCCUUGAAACGAAAGCAAGCGACUAUCUCGAGUUUCUUCACUCAGAAGCCAUCCUCGACGCCGAAGCCUGCAUCGAGUAGCGCCGAGACAGUCCCGGAGAAGACAUCAAAGAAGAGAGCGGCCUCUCCCAUAGAACCAAGUCCGGAGCGGAAACGAGCAGUCUCCAUACAUGAACAAGACGAGGAUCAGGAUGACAUCGUGGUGCCACCUUCAAAACGAGCUCGUACCAAUGGCUCUAUCGCAGGAGAAAGCAAGCCAGCUCCACCCCCGGCUGAGUUACCUCUGAACCCGGCCUCCCAACUCAGCAGCAGCAGCAGCCAGCGGACCGAUAUCUUCAAAUUCCAGAGCUCGCCCGCCAUCGCUCCACCCAGCAAAGAAGCCGAGGACCCAGAGGAGACGCAACGGAGGAAAGAAAAAGAGAAACAACACCAGAAAUUUGUACGGAAGCUUGGUGGCCCUGAUUGUUUGAUUGGAAUUGGGAGGGCCGCGGCCGGCGACCAAAGUGGCGCUGCGGCUGAGGCCGAGGAAGAAGAGGAAGAAGAUGAACCUGCACCCCCGCCUCCGACGAAGGGCAAGGGUGCGAAGAAAGGCGGUAGCAAACUUACGCCGAUGGAGAAGCAGGUUAUUGAAAUCAAGCGCAAGCAUAUGGAUACUGUGUUGGUCAUUGAGGUUGGGUAUAAGUUUCGGUUCUUUGGCGAGGAUGCUCGUAUUGCGGCGAAGGAACUUGGGAUUGUGUGUAUCCCGGGGAAGUUCAGGUUUGAUGAGCAUCCAUCGGAGGCACACCUUGACCGCUUUGCGUCUGCCAGUAUCCCCGUCCACCGGCUACAUGUACAUGUGAAACGACUGGUUACGGCGGGCCACAAAGUUGGAGUGGUGCGGCAGAUCGAGACGGCGGCGCUUAAGGCUGCAGGCGAUAAUCGCAAUGCGCCCUUUGUCCGUAAGUUGACCAACCUGUACACCAAAGGAACAUACAUCGACGAUGUCGAGGGUCUCGAAGGCCCAGCUGCCGCGGCUGGUGGUGCAUCGCCGGCGACGGGGUACAUGCUUUGCAUCACAGAGACCAAUGCCAAGGGCUGGGGCAAUGAUGAGCGAGUGCACGUUGGUAUCGUUGCCGUCCAGCCUGCCACGGGUGAUGUGAUCUAUGAUGACUUUGAAGACGGGUUCAUGCGCAGCGAGAUUGAAACGCGGCUGUUGCACAUCGCGCCUUGUGAGAUUCUCAUUGUUGGUGAGAUGUCGAAAGCGAGCGAGAAGCUUGUACAGCAUUUGUCCGGAAGCAAAAUGAAUGUCUUUGGUGAUGCUGUUCGUCUCGAACGGUCUCCGAAGAAGAAGACCGCAGCUGCCGAGGCGCAUAGUCAUGUUUCGGGCUUUUAUGCUGGGAAAAUGAAAGCUACUGGUACGGAAGACGAUGUCCAGGCGGCCAAGCUAUUGCAGAAUGUGCUUGAACUGCCGGAACAGGUUACCGUUUGCCUUUCUGCUAUGAUUGAACAUAUGACCGAGUACGGAUUGGAACAUGUCUUCGAUCUGACAAAGUAUUUCCAGCCUUUCUCGGCAAGGUCACACAUGCUCUUGAAUGGAAACACCCUGGUCAGCCUGGAGAUUUAUCAAAAUCAGACUGAUCAUUCAGCCAAAGGUAGUCUGUUUUGGACUUUAGACCGAACACAGACGCGGUUUGGGCAACGGCUGCUACGGCGCUGGGUUGGACGGCCGUUGCUUGAUAAAGUACGGCUUGAAGAGCGUACCAACGCAAUUGAGGAGCUCACGAACCCCGUUCGCACUGUAAUUGUGGAGCGAGUGAGAAGGUUGCUGGGCAAGAUCAAGAGUGACUUGGAGAAGAGCUUGAUCCGUAUUUACUACGGCAAGUGCACCCGGCCGGAGCUUCUCACCGUUCUGCAAACCAUGCAGACGAUUGCAAUGGAAUUCGCCGAUGUCAAAUCCCCAGCCGACACAGGGUUUGAAUCCACACUGAUUAGCGAAGCGAUUGCUUCCCUUCCAACCAUUUUGAAAGAUAUCACCCGGUUCUUAGACAAGAUCAACCUUCACGCAGCACGAAAUGAUGACAAGUACUCGUUCUUCCGUGAAGAAGAGGAGACGGAGGAGAUUGGCGAAGAAAAGCUCGGAAUCGGUAGUAUCGAGCACGAGCUGCAAGAGCAUCUCUCCGUGGCCAGUGAGCGUUUACAAAGAAAGGGCGUCAAGUAUGUGACGGUGUCCGGCAUCGAAUACCUCAUCGAGAUCGAGAAUAACUCGCUAGCUAUCAAGAAGGUCCCGGCGUCUUGGAUCAAGGUCAGUGGGACGAAGAAGGUCUCACGAUUCCAUACGCCUGAAGUGAUCCAACUCAUCCGCCAACGUGAUCAACAUAAGGAAGCUCUGGCCGCGGCUUGUGACAAAGCUUUUGCAGCACUUCUCGGCGAUAUCGCGACACAGUACCAGUCCUUCCGGGAUUGUGUCCAGUCUCUCGCGACGCUAGACUGUUUACUCUCACUGGCAGUCAUUGCCCAACAACCUGGUUAUGUCAAGCCAGAAUUCACCGAACGACCAUGUCUCCAUGUCGAACAGGGCAGGCAUCCGAUGGUGGAACGCAUCCUAACAGACACCUAUGUCCCCAAUGACACCAACCUCGAUCCGGACGGCACACGAGCACUCCUCGUCACCGGUCCUAACAUGGGCGGAAAGUCCAGCUAUGUGCGCCAAGUCGCCCUCAUCGCAAUCAUGGGACAGAUCGGUUCCUACGUACCCGCAGCCUCCGCCAAGCUAGGUCUCCUCGAUGCCGUCUUCACGCGCAUGGGCGCCUUUGACAACAUGCUCGCCGGCGAAUCCACAUUCAUGGUCGAGCUCUCCGAAACAGCCGAUAUCCUCAAGCAAGCCACACCACGCUCCUUAGUCAUCCUCGACGAACUAGGCCGCGGUACAUCAACACACGACGGCGUCGCCAUCGCCCAAGCCGUCCUGGACUACAUGGUCCGAAACAUCCGCUCACUAACCCUCUUCAUCACGCACUACCAACACCUCUCGCGCAUGGUCCGCUCAUUCCCGAACAGAGAACUGCGUAACGUACACAUGCGUUUCACAGAGUCGGGUGAGAAAGACGGUGACGAAGAAAUCACCUUCUUGUAUGAAGUUGCAGAAGGCGUGGCGCAUCGGAGUUACGGACUGAAUGUAGCGCGGUUGGCGCAUUUGCCGGCUUCUGUGUUGGAGUUGGCGAAGACUAAGAGUGCGGAGUUGGAGGAGUUGAUUAAGAGGAAGAGGUUGGCUGCGCUUGUUGGAGCUGUUGGGAGGGUUGUUGAGGUUAGGGAUGGUGGUGGUGCUGUUUCCGCGGAGGAUGAGCUCGUUGAGCGAUUGCUUGCUAGUGCGGACCAGUUGUAG